AGAGCCAGCGCUUCCUGUUUUGUUUACAGCAACACACACGAGUGGACUUUCAAAGAAGGAAAAAGCCCCAAAAUUGGUUUAUUUUGGCAUCAAUAUCGGGGGACUAAGGCGACUCCAGGACAAGAGUAAACCGAGACAGUACUUCUGAAAUAAUGUGCAGCCUGUGUUAAUGCGUAGUCCACGUUAACGUCAGCUUGAGUCAGAUAAUAUUUAACGAUUUAUUCGAAAGAUGCCGUCCCGAGUUGAAGAUUACGAGGUGUUAUACACUAUAGGCUCGGGAUCAUAUGGAAGAUGCCAGAAAAUAAGACGGAAAUCGGAUGAAAAAAUCCUUGUAUGGAAAGAGCUGGACUAUGGCAACAUGGCGGAGAGUGAAAAGCAGAUGCUGGUGUCCGAGGUGAACCUCUUGCGGGAACUCAAGCACCCAAACAUAGUGAGGUACCACGACCGCAUUAUAGACCGGAGUAACGCCACACUGUACAUCGUCAUGGAGCACUGCGAGGGCGGCGACCUUUCCAGUCUCAUCACUCGAUGCAUCAAGGAAAGGCGUUAUUUGGAGGAGCAGUUCAUCCUGCGAGUCAUGGCACAGCUCACGUUAGCCCUGAAGGAGUGCCACAGACGCAGUGACGGCCGUGCCACAGUCCUUCACCGAGACUUGAAACCAGCCAACAUCUUUCUCGACAUCAAGCAGAAUGUAAAGCUAGGGGACUUUGGCCUAGCAAGGAUCCUGAACCAUGACACCAGCUUUGCAAGAACAUUUGUUGGGACACCUUACUACAUGUCUCCAGAACAAGUAAACCGGAUGUCAUACAACGAGAAGUCAGAUAUUUGGUCACUGGGGUGUUUGCUGUAUGAACUCUGUGCUUUAUCCCCUCCAUUCACUGCUUACAACCAAAGAGAGCUGACAGAGAAGAUCAGAGAAGGGAAGUACAGAAGAAUCCCAUACCGCUACUCUGAGGAACUAAACACCUUACUCAGCAAAAUGCUCAACUUGAAG